AUGGCAGAUAUUUUGACAAGUUAUGCUAAAGUUUUGGGAGAUUUGUAUGUUACCGGAUGUAUUUUGCUUUUCCAUAAUUUUGAGGAGGCCGGCAUUUUUUCAGAGAAUAGAUGCUGGAGUUAUGUGAUCGCUCCCCUUUUCACUAGCAUACCAUAUAUAAUUCGUUUUCGUCAAUGUUUAUCAGAAUAUAUGAAAUCGAAUUUUCAUAAAAAAUGGCACUUAUUUAAUACCCUUAAAUAUGCCUCGGCUUUUCCAGUUAUUGUUUUAUCGGCUUUGCAAAAAAGAUACGAUUUUGCCACAUUGGAUUCCGACUCUGCUACUCUUGGACAAUCGACUUUAUAUAAUUUAUGGUUAUUUUCCGUAGCUUUAAAUUCCGUGUAUGCUUUCUAUUGGGAUGUAGAAAAGGACUGGGGACUUCAAUUUUUCACAUCCGGAUCUUCCCAUAAAAGUAGGUUGGGUCGCAUUUCAUUGAUAAUUCCAAACUUUAAACUCCGACGGACAAUGCACUUCAAAUGGCCAAUAAUAUAUUACCUUGCUAUACUGAUUGACUUCUUACUUCGAUUUACAUGGUCGCUCAAACUUUCAUCACAUUUGCAUGUGGUUACUGAAUUGGAGGCUCGUGUUUUUCUGAUGGAAUGUUUGGAAAUUGGGCGAAGAUGGUUAUGGAUGUUUUUCAAGAUGGAAAAAUUAUGGGUACACGAACAAAAAACUUUGGGGUAUGAGUUAAUGAGUAAUGUGAAUACUCGAAAGUCAAUUACAACAAAAGAAACUCCUUCAAUAUCAUCUCCUAAUUCGACAGUAUUUGCUGCUUUUCUUGAACAAGAUUUUGAUCCAAAGGCAUGGCUAAAUACCAGACUCAAGUCAACCUCGUCAAAUACUUCUUCUGCUUCAAAACGACGCCGUUCUUCAACAACCACAAAUAUACACUCCUCAUCUUCCACUGACUUGAUUCAUGGUGAAAAACUUAACAGGGCACAACUUUCAUUACUUUCAGGUCACACAGCAGAGCUUGUUGAAAAGUUACAGUACUUAAACCAGGAAGUUUCUAAUCGUCUUGAACGCACCAUUGAAAAUGUGGUGAAAAGCAUGCCAAAUGUAAUUUCAGAAUUAGAAGGGUUAAAAGAAGAUACUGAGAAAUUGAAGGUUAAUCUUUCCACUGUUCAACAGCACCUUGGUGAUGUUGAGGGUAAUACCGGUAUCGCUUUAGAUCGACUUCGAUACCUAGAUUUGGUAAAGACACGUAUGGAAGCUUCACGUGCAGUAUUGCGCGAAGCGGAAAAUUGGUCUAGCCUUGAAGCUGAAGCCAGCACCAUUUUUGCUUCGCAAGAUUAUCAGAAAGCCAGUGUUCGACUUCAAGAAGCCGAAAAAAGUUUGGCGAUUUUCCAGAAUACACCAGAAUAUGAAGAAAGAAGGCGAUUAUUAACAGAAUUACAGAAUCAAUUAGAGGCAACUGUUAGUCCACAAGUGGUCGCAGCAUUGAAUCAACACGAUAUCAAGGUUUGUCAAAAAUUUUACGUUAUUUUUGACCAAAUUGGACGAAAAAAGGCUUUUUGCAAUUACUAUUAUGGAUCAAGAAAAGCUCCUCUUGUUCAACUAUGGCAAGGAUCAUUAGUAUUAGAGGAUAGAGCUUCUCUAGAAGGAACUGCCAAUAGCAAUAGUAAUAAUGAUGAUGAUGACAAUACAAAAGAUUUUCAAAAAAACACGAAAUUCGUCGAUUUUUUAAAAAAAUUCUACGACGAAUGUUUUGUGGUGUUAAAUGAAGAGUACACGUGGUGUGGUAGUGUGUUUCCUGACGCGAAUGAAACACUGGCUGCAUUGAUUGAAAAUAUAUUCAAUUCGAUUAAACCACCAGUGACUGCACGCUUGGCUGAAUUGGUCGAUUAUUAUCAUGAUCAAUGUCUACCCCAAAUUAUUGAAGCAUUCACAGUAAGCGAGAAUUUCGGCCGAAAAAUAGAGCAAAUGCUACAAAGAUCAAUUCAAACUCCUAAAUUAUCGCACACUGUUGAAGUAAAAUGGGGUCAAUCAGUUUUUGAACCCUUUUUAAUAUAUCAGUAUGAUUAUGCAGCAUAUGAGAAAAACUAUCUGAUUGCAAUGCUGAAAAAAAUUCUAUCAUCAAAUAUUAAAACAUCGACCGUUGACUUAUCACGCGUGAUUUUAGAUACUAGUGGUAAGCUAUUUAAUUUAGUAGAUGAAGGUUUAUCACGAUGUAUGGAAUUCACACACGGAUUUGGUAGCGUUGGCUUAAUUGAAACAUUAAACCAAUUUUUCGAGACUACAAUCAAAGAAUAUUUUAUACUUUUAAACAAGUUACGUUCUGAAUGUGGACUGGAUCUGAAAGAAUCGAAACAACCAAACAAUAACAAUAGUGAACUUUUUGCUAAAUCAUCUUCUGGUCCUGCUGCUUCGAAUUUGAGUUUGGAUGAUGAUUUUGAUCAAGAUAAUCUUGCACAUGAAGAUUGGUCAAAUUUCCAAAUUGGCUUACGAUUGCUGGCUACAUGUCGCACAUUUUCGGAGAAGCUUGAUUCAUUUGAACAUAAAACUGCUGAAACUCUGUUAAAGACAAAUGAAUUAAUUCAGAGUGCAGAUAUUAAUAAUGAAAAAACAAACACAAAAUUACAUUGGUAUGAACAACGACGACCUUCUUUUCAAGAAAUCCCUACUUCUGUAGGAACGAGUGCAUUAAUAAGCCUUUUACAAGAAUCCCCGCUUAAUAGCUAUCAAUUACGUGAAUUAAUUUCGAGUCUUGAAGAAAAUCAUGCCACUGUUAAAGAAGACGAGGAGGAAAAAAUUGAGAUAAAUAAUCAAAAAAUUAGAAAAGAACAUUUAUUGUUUCGAUCUGCUAUAGAACUUCUUGAUCAAUUUAUUCGGGGAUGUCAGCGAUUUGUAUUUGACACGAUUUUCUUACCCAUCGUUAAGCAUCUCUCCAAUAUCAGUAAAAUGGAAGUCUGGAAAACAGCACCAGAGUCAAUUAAACAACGCUCUGUGUUGAACUUGGAAAUUCCAACUUUUAGUUUAUCACCUAGUGAGUAUAUAACUCGCAUUGGAGAGCAUCUUUUAACGCUACCACAACAAUUCGAGGUUUACGCAGAUGACAAAUCAUUGGCGUUUUCUAUUUCUUCGUUACCACACAAUGACGAUACUGAUGAUUUCGGUGAUGAUGAUAAGAUAGAAACAAUGACAAUCACUCAAAAGUCCGCAGAACCAAAACUACCUUCAGUAUCAAAUUUAGAAUUGGAUACAAUAACAAAUAUUGAUCAGCAAGAAAAUGUCAAAGAAACAAUUACAGUAACACACGCUUGGAUUACAUCAAUUGCACGCGGAACAAUGUAUGCAUUGGUGGAAAAGAUUUUAUCCAUUCCACAAUUAUCUAAGCAUGGCACUCGACAACUACUCACCGAUCUCGGUUACUUGACUAAUGUUCUGUCGGCUCUUGAUAUUUCUGCAGUGGAUGAACUUUUACAGAUAUAUAAUAUGUUGGAGAUGGAAGAAGGGCAA